AUGGACAGCAAGAAAAGCUUAUACACGAUAUUAAAUGUAAAUAAGAACGCAACAGAAAGCGAAAUAAGAUCAGCAUACAAAGCACUGGCAAGGAAGUACCACCCAGACAUGCACACAAACAAAUCAGAGACUGAAAAGAAAAAGAUGCAGGACAGAUUCAAAGAGAUAAACGCUGCAUACGAGGUCCUCACAGAUAAAAAGAAAAGAGAGUUCUACGAUGCAACAGGCAUGACACAAGAGGAGGCAGGCCAGAGAAGGCCUGGAGGAGACCCCUCAGACUUUGGAAACUUCAACUUCAACUUUGGAGGAGGAGGUAGAGGCAGCGGUGGAGGAUCCUUUGGAAAUGGAUUUUCGUUCACUGACUUUGAAUCAGCAGGAUCUGGCGGAUUUGAUGGCUUUAGUGACAUAGGAUCAAUAUUCGGGGGAGGACGAGGAAAUAAUGCGUUUGAGAAUAUUUUUGGAAGAGGAAAAAGACACACGCAUGGCCAAAGCCAAGGAAAAGAAAAAAAUGGCCCCAAUGCCAUCCUUGAAUACAAAAUGGCAAUAACUCUUGAGGAGAUAUGCACGGGCUCACUGCGCAAGAUAAGAAUCAGAAGGCGCAUCCCGUCGGGCGAAAGAGAAGAAACUGUUCUGGAUGUAAAUGUUCUACCGGGAUACAAAUUUGGAACAAAAAUAACAUACGCAAAUGCAGGAGACUGCCAGCCAGACGGAAGUGGAACAGAUAUAGUUGUUGUCUUAAUAGAAAAGCCGCACGCAUACUACAAAGUGUCAGGCAACGAUAUAAUAUACGAGUUUGACAUAGGGAUCAAAGAAUAUCUCUCAGGAUUUAAGAAAGUGAUAAAAGGCCUUAAGGACAACAACAUUGUAAUUAACAGUGAGAUUAUAGGAGACAACUCUAAAGACACUGUGCUCGAAGGAGAAGGCCUUCCAGAUAGAACAAAAAGCUUGAAAAGAGGAAAUCUCAUUGUUAAGCCUCGUAUUAUAGUCAAUUUAUCGGCUAGAGAGAAGAGUCUCGUAUGCAAUGCAUUGCUAUAG